AUGUCGUGUAAAUCAGCUUAUGAACUAAACUCGAACAAUGCUGAAAUAUUGAAAUGGUGCGCAAUCAUAACCGGCACGCUUGCGGAACUUAGGAAUUUAAACGAUUGUGAACGAGUGAUUUAUGUGAAAGAAUUUAAGACGUAUCUGGAUGAAGCAUUAGCUGGUGAACCGGAUUCAUCAGUUUACCAUAUGAAUGGACGAUUUUGUUACCGUAUGGCAACAUUAACGGCGGAAGAAAAAAAAAGUGUAAUGAAUGCAUUUCAUUCAUUGCCAACAUGUACUAUUGAUGAGGCACUUGACAAUUUCUAUAAAGCGGAGGUAAUGAAUUCGGGACAUAUUGACAAUCUUAUGUUCCUUGGCAAAUGUUACAUUGCCAAAGGUAAUGCAUCGAAAGCGAAAAAGUAUUUGUUGCCUGUAGUUGAAAUAACACCAACUGACGAGAUGGAUGAAGCACUAAUUGCUGAAGUACAGGAACUUUUAGAUAAUAUAAAGGAAGGCAAUGUUCAGGAUGAAAACGAAGAAAAUGAGGAUGAAAGCGAAGAAAAUGAGGAUGAAAGCUCAGACCAGACAGAUUUCGAUGAAUUGGAAAAUAGUACUGAUUCAACCAGCAAUUAUUCUAAGGAAGAAUAG